AUGGAUCCCGUCAUCGACCAAGAGUCGCCCCUGGCCGACUAUCUUAAGGAUCAGGAUGACGAGUCUCAACAGGGCUGGGCCGAGGCCGAUAGCCAGCCGGACCGACCAGCUUCAAGCCAAUUCGAUCUAUCGCCGCCUGGAAGCCCGUCGCAGUUCGCACCUACCGGGAGACCUCUCGUGAAACAACGAUUCAGAAACAAGGCACCCACACCGUUGCAAACCAGCGACGCGGCGCUCAACCCACUACGAGCGCUGCGGAGGAACUACUCAGCCGCAGUCGCAGCCAGCAUGGAUAGGGCCGAUAACGAGAAAUUUCUAGAGCAGUUCCGAUACAUGAUUAUUGCGUCUCAGCUGCUCAGCGGACAUACGGUUGCGGCUCGCCGACACGCAGGGGCUGAAGCCCUGGGCGCGGCAGUUGAGAACGAUCAGUCGCUCCUCUCGAACGAAGGCAUUAUCGCGUCGAUAUUGGGUGCCUUGGCUAUUGCCGUGGUGCUUAGCUGGAUUUUUGGGCACAGGAAAGAUUCAUACAUCACCAGAAAGCGCCUCAUUUUCCUUAUAGCCCUGCUUGUUGCCUCCGGAGUGCUAGGGCAGGUCUAUGUACGACGACAAUGGCUUCACUACCGACGAGAACAGUCAUUAUCCGAAUUAAGUGGAUUCAUCAUCAACUCACACGAGUUCGACAGCGUUGUUGAGGCUACACUGGCCUUGGUCCAAGAAGUCGAGCUGGUCUCGCGAGGAUAUAGAAUUAGCGCGCCGCUUCCGCCAGUUAGUCGCAUCGAAGACCGGUCGCAGAGCCGAAAGUGCAUUCGCCUGAGGAGGGUCUUGAAGACAAGCAUGGCCGAGGUGCUUGAACUCUACGAUAGACUUGCUACACUGAUACAGGGCUUCUCUGAGCAAACCGAACUCGAGAAGUACUACGACAUGUACGACAUUAGCGACUUUGACAUUCAAGAUGCUCGCCAAGGCUUCACCGAAGCCGAGUUCGAAGACUCGGAGUCGUUGCGCACCUUGAAGAUCCUAGCUGCCAGAUUCUAUACGGAGCGAAAAAUGCUGCUCUGUGCCAUGCUAGCCCUUGACGCCAGCGGAGAGAGCAAUGACCUGCUGCGCUGGACUGCGGCAGUCGAGGCUUUGCAAGAGUUAAACAAGUCGACUAAGGCUGCGUUCAGGAGAAUUCAAGACAUUCUCAGCGAGGAACAGUCGUUCCCUAUCCCCCCAACACCAAAAAUUCCUUUGACACCUGGCCGCGAACGCUGGCGUGCGCAGCUACGGAAGCUCGGAUCUCUCUCCACUGGUAUCCGCGGCUUGCAGGCCAAGCUACACCUGCUGAGAGAGGAAUCCGACAGAGCCCUUGACGACUCAAAUGACAUUUCGGAAAUGGGACCAAACCUGAUGGCCCAGUACGAUUCAAUCGGUGUCGACUUAAAAGAAGUGAUGGCUGCAUGGGAAGAAGGCAAGAAUGCGCUCGCGGUCGGUAUCGAUAGAAACGAGAAACGACUAUCGUCGAUGAGUACCUUGAUGUCACCGCGCAGCUCCAUGAGCGGCAUUACAGCUGCUGAAGACGGCAACGCGGCGGACGCGUUCAAGGCGCUGACGGGCGAAUCUCCCCCACGCUCGGAAAAAGGAUCUCCGGUGGUAGACAAGGAGGUGUUUGAAGCAGUGGCCCUGCCGAGACCCCGGAGCACGCUCACCAGAGAGGAGCGCCUGGUCAAGAUGAGAGAAGACCGCGAGCAGAAGGCACAGGCUCGUCAGCAAAUGGACGCCACGCGAGGCAUGCUACGUGAGCUCGAGACAGUCAUCAACCUUCGUCCCAAAAACCGACACAGUACCCCGGCUGAGAAGACGACAAACCGAGUGGUCUCGAUGUAA